AUGGCAUCUUUAAUCAUGGAAAAAGCUCGCGAAACAGCAAUAAAUGUUCCAAAUGAUUCUCAAUGUCAAACAACAUGUCGACCAGGCAAGAAAGGCCCAGAAGGUUCAAAAGGUGAUAUCGGAUCACCAGGACAAAAUGGCGCCACGGGACGUCAGGGAGCUAAAGGAGAAGGUGGAACACCAUGUAAUUGCUCACGAUAUGAUGAGUUGGCACACAAAGUUCAAAUUCUCGAAGAAGAAAAAGCUCGAGAAUUACAACCCUUAGCAGAUGGUUGGUAUCGUGUUCCCAGUUACCCAUAUUGGUACAAAUUGGUCAAAGUAGCGUCAGACUAUCAAACUGCCAGGAAAAACUGCGAACGCAUGGGAGGCCGAUUAGCAACAACGGGUAUACGCAACCCUACUAUUCGCAGCGAUCUUGUCGGCAAUUUUAAUAGAAAAACAGAAACUUCGAUCUGGAUAGGACUUGACGACCUUAAGAAACAAAACAACUGGAAAUGGUCGGACGGAGUUUCAUCAACUUCUUCUAAUACACCAUGGAGCGAGGGUGAACCAAAUCGUCGGGAUGAAAGAUGCGCUUGCAUGCGCGAGCCUCUCCAAUAUAAGUUGAUAGAUGCCCUUUGUUCCACAAAUAAAUUAUACCUUUGUGAAAAGUGA